GCCGUUGCAAAGUCGGAAAUCCCAAAACCCACAAGUGUCUGGUGGCCGAGUGUCAACACAUCGCCUAGGUAUUACGUGUACGCCUUGGAGGAGACUUGGUGGCGGUGUUCCAGUAAGAAAGAGCUCAUUAUAAGGAGAGAGAGGCAUCACACGGACGAGCAUGGAGUCAAUGCUCAACAAGCUGCGCUCUAGUAUGAGCAGUGCAGCCACCAGUGCUGUGUCAAAUGCUGUGCAGAUUGCCUCUCAGGUCUCCAACUACCUCCCAGGCAACCCAGUAACUCGGGAAUUUGAGGCCACUGCCCAUGUGGCCUCAGCAGGACCAGGCCUUGUUUGGAAGGUGUACAAAGGCCACAAGAAGUCCACCAAGCAAGAUGCAGCAAUCUUUGUCUUUGAGAAGCGGAUCCUGGACCGCUGGGACAAACAGGAGCGGGAGGCCAUGCUAGACCGUCUCAGGAAAGGGGUGUCACAGCUCACCCGGCUCAGACACCCACAGGUACUGACAGUGCAGCAUCCUCUGGAAGAGUCACGAGAUUCCCUGGCAUUUGCAACAGAACCAGUGUUUGCCUCACUGGCCAAUGUUCUCGGCAAUACUGACAGUGCCCCCACUCCGCUCCCACCACAGCUGCGGGAUUACAAGCUCUAUGACGUGGAGAUCAAAUAUGGUCUAAUGCAGGUGAGUGAGGGGCUGGCCUUCCUGCACAACUCUGUGAAGAUCGUUCACCGCAACAUUUGUCCGGAGAACAUCGUGCUCAACCACCGAGGUGCCUGGAAACUCUUUGGUUUUGACUUCUGUGUUGCCAACCAGUCUCCUGCUGACCAGCAGCCCUUUUGGCCCUUUGAGGAGUAUGUUCCCAACCGCCAGGCCAUCUGUCAGCCCACCUUGGACUACCUGGCUCCAGAGUAUGCUCUCACCCACACCCUUGACCCUGCUGCUGACCUCUUCUCCCUGGGUGUGGUGAUCCAUGCCCUCUUCAAUAGUGGACGACCCGUCUUCCAAAACCACCAAGACUUUGUCACGUUCAAAAGAAACUGUUGUGAGUUAAAGAAUACAAACACACUACAGUUGUCUAACAUUCCUGAGGGUGUGAGGGAGGAGGUGCGGCUGCUGCUGCAUGCCACACCACAGUUACGUCCUGAUGCUCUCCAGCUCUCCAAAAUCUCUUACUUUGAGGAUGUGGGAGUGAAGACACUGAAUUACCUGGACCAGAUGUUCCAAUGGGACAACAUGCAGAAAUCUCAAUUCUACAAAAGUCUUCCUCAGAUCAUUCCUCAGCUUCCCCAUCGUGUGUGUGUCCUCAGGGUGGUGCCAAGCCUGAUGCAGGAGUGUGUCAACACCACCAUGGUGCCAUUUGUGCUGCCAGUGAUCUUGUUGAUGUCAGAGCGAGCCUCUCGGGAGGAGUAUGUGGAACACAUUUUGCCUCACCUCAAGCCCAUCAUGAAGAUGACUGACCCACCACAGAUCAUGCUGCAGCUGAUGCAAAAGAUGGAGCUUCUGUUAGGCAAGACACCACCAGAGGACGUGCGCGGUGAUGUCUUGCCACUGCUGUACCGAGCCCUGGAGUGUGACAUGCAACAGAUCCAGGAGCUGUGCUUGAGUGUGAUACCCUCGUGUGCUGCCCUUGUGGAGAGUCAUGCUAUGAAGAACGCUCUGCUGCCCAAGAUCAAGAAACUUUGUCUGGCUACAGGAUACCUCUCAGUGCGAGUGAACUGUCUGGUGUCUGUGGGCAAGAUUCUGGAGCACCUGGAUCGCUGGCUGGUCAUGGAUGACAUCUUCCCCUUCCUGGAGCAGAUCCCUUCUCGGGAGUCCCCUGUCAUCAUGGCCAUCAUUGGAAUCUUCAAGGUUGCAAUGACUCACAAGAAGUUGGGCAUCUCCAAGGAAGUUUUGGCCACCAGGGUGUUGCCCUUCUUGUUUCCACUGAGCAUUGAGAACUCUCUUACCCCUACCCAGCAUUCAUCAGUCAUGAGCCUCAUAAAGGAGAUGACAGAAAAAGUAGAAGCAGAACACAGAAUCAAACUUGAACAACUCAACUCUAUCAAGGAUGAACAAAAGGCACUACAAAUGGCUAUGCCAACCAGCUUAGCUUCAGGCUCAACAGUUAGCACAGCUAGCACAGCUACUGCCAAUGGCUCAGUUGUCAGUCCUGCAGAGGCUGCUACUGAUAUGUUUGCUGGUCUUGGACUGAAUCAGUUUGCUGGAGGAGGGGGCUCAUCUGCCUCUCUAAAGCCUGCAGUGUCAUCAUCAGCACCAGCUCCAGCAGGCAACAAAACUCAGCAGCCAAAGACAGAUGUUACCUCUACUACUGCCCCACUCAGCAUGCAGGACAAACACAGGAUGAUGAAGGAGCAGGGCCUCCAGAAGCAGCCUCCACUCCUUCCCUCCCCUCCAGCACCUUCCUCCACCAUCACCAAAAACACUCAACCUUCCUCUUCCUCCUCACAGACCUCCAAUCUCACAUCCUCCCUCAUCACUUCUAAUCUGAGCAUGAUAGCAAGCCCUCCAGGGGCACAGCAGCAAAUUGGACAGAUGGGUGGCUUAGGCAACACAGGAUUAAGUUAUGGCAUGAGGCCUAACCUGACACAGCAGCCUCUUGGAACCAUGAACUCUUGGGCUACUUCUCCUACACAGCCACAAUCCUGGGCCUCCCCAAUGCCUCACCAGCAGCCACAGUCACAACCACAACCCAUGUCUUUGAACUUGGGAGCUUUUGAUAACCUCCUUCCUUCUCAACCAAGACCACCAAGUAUGAACCAAAUGGCUUCCAAUUUCAAGUCUGCCCCCAUGAUGGCCCCCUUAAGGCCCAUGACCAUGAUUCCCGCGCCAGCCCCUGUCCGCCCACUCACAUCCUCAGACAUCAAUGAUCUCCUCAGCUGAGAUCACUCUUUAUUAGUAUUUUUUAUAUUGUCUCAACUCCUCAAGACUGUAUAGUUAGGUUAUUGCAGUGAGUAUUUACAAGACUGUACAUACCUAGCUAGGAAAGAUUUGCUAGUUGUACUUUAUUAUUUCUUCAUUGCAAGUGUCUAGUCAUAACAGGAGCCAUAUAGGCAGACGUUUUGCUGCGUAUCUUCACAGCAUCUAACCAGCAGGUAUGUGAUGGAUGAAGCAUUUCUGAGCCAUUAGUAUGAAGAGCUUGUAUGCCUUUGUUAUGGUGUUGAUGUAAUCUAAGGCAGGGUCCACACAAUGACUCCAACAUGUUCCAAGGUGAGUGAUGGUAGGUUAGUAUAUAACAACAUUCCAAGUAUGUAUGUGCUUGUUAAUGAUGCUUUUAUUUUUAUUCAUUAAAAGAUUAAUGGAUGAUUAUAUGCUUAGAGUCUGUAGCCAAUAUUUUUCCAAUAUAUUGGGUUAUUUGAUAUGCAUAUAUUAUGGAUAUAAGAUGUGUAUGGUCAAUGCAUUAAUCAAAGAUAGUCAAAAGCAGUUUUCUUUUUGCAGCUUCAGUCACCAAAACACAUGCCUGUGAAUUUAUAUGUGAAAAUUCAUUUUGGCUCAUAUAAUGUUUUAUCAGACUCCUUGGUCUCAGAGAAUUAACUGUUCCACAUUGUUUGGUUGGUUUGAUGUUCAAUCCACAUAAUUAAGCUCUUUUAUAAGUAAUAUGCACAUGACCUACUUACCUGAUUCAUUCAAUACUAUUUAUCUAUCUUCCUAUAUCUGACAACUUCCUUAAGGGGAUGACCAUGAUCAAAUUCCCCAGGACAGCAGCCAGUUACCUCACAAGAUAACAGCUGUAAAACAAGUUGGUAUAAUUAUUACGUUUGGGUAUGUAAGAUACAGCCAGUGCUAAGUGACUGGUUGGACUGAGUUAUUUUUUCAUUAUGUCAUACCCAAAGUAAAAAAAAAAAAUUCACACCAGCUACUGUCUCUCGCCACAGCUACCCACACUUGUCCAGCCCAGCCAAAUGUAUACAGGGUGCUAAGAAUUCUUGGUAGAUCAUGUGGUGGAGAAAGGGUGGCAGUGAGGCUCAACUGGAAUGUACAUAUGAUAUUCUCAGUGGUAUUAGAAGAAGAGCAGAUUAAAUGUUACGUUAAAGUUGUUGUUCCUAUGUAUUGCUAUAUCUACAAAAAUAUAUUUUGUUGGCAUUCAUAAGAGCUAUGAAGGUGCAGUUGUGCCAUUACACAUUAUUGUUAUUUUCUUUCAUUAGGACUGUUCAUUGUGUGUACUGAUAGAGUUAUAGGAGUCAUUGAAAAGGUGGGAAUCUCAUUAAAGACAAAGUUAAAAUCUUGAUCUGUUAGUAGUGGCUCUAGCAAUGUGACAACAGAGGUGGUGAACCAAGUAAUACAUAUUUGAAAUUAUGUUGAGAUUAUUUUCAGAGGCCAGAGUCAAGAAAUAGAAAGCAUAAGGGAAAUCCUUAUUUAAAAUUAUACCUUCAUUAUCACCAACCAUUCAGAGUAGAUUCCAAGUUUAGUAUUAUUGUCCUUACAUAUUUCACAGAGGCUGCAAAAAGAAAUUAUGUGCAGGAGGGAAUCCUCACAUAAGACGACCAAACAGCCUACUACACUUGCCAUUAAAUCACUCAUAUCUUCAAUUCAACUCAGUGCUGCUUGCACCUUUGAUGGAUAGAUUUCUUAUAUGGCCACUAUUGUCAUUUCCAUUCCCAUCAUCAUUAUCUUAAUUUUCUUUUAAGCUGUCAUGAAUUAAAACCACCAUGCACAAAAAAAAAAUAAAUAAAUAAAAUAUAUCACCUCUACCUUCUCCAUCACUCAGCAGCUGCAUGUACUCCUUUUAUUCACACUACAGAUGCACUAUAUAUUGGAUAGUAUGCUUUAUCAGGUUAAACUACACUGGUUAACUUUCUUCAUUCAAUAUAUUCUUCUCAUCUGUUUUCACAUAGUUACAAAUAUAUAUCCCAUUUUAUUUUCCAGGACUAUAUAUAAUUCUCACAUUUAUCCAUACAUAAAUACUGUACUAUAUGAACAGUGUACAUGCAUGCCUCUGUAUUCUCUUCACAUCAUCCUACAUCCACUGGUGUUGGUCGUGCUUCCCUUACAGCUCCAUCCAUGGUGACCUGUAACCGGUUUUCCCUUCACCAUACAUCCAUGCCUGGAGCUAGUCACUAAUGGUCCCUUAACUGCUCUGUAUAGUCAUAUGUUUCAGAUUGUGAGUUUUACAGUAAUAAGAAGUGAUGCAGAAAUUUCUGAAUUUUGAAUAUUUGCAGGAGUUUAGCAUAAUGCCCAAUCCUACAAUAUUCCAUUAAGUGCAUGAAUUGUUGGGUAUAUUCAUAUGUAUGUCACCCAUUGUUUUGGAAGAACUCUUGUGUGCCAGGCACUGUGAUCUUCCUUUCUGAGCUGAAUUUCCUAACUGUUCAUAGCACAGGUUACUUGGUUAGGAUGAACAUGGUUUCCUUAUUAAUGUCACUGUGUGUUUACUUUACGAGACAUAAUGCCUGACCAAAUUGCCAGUCCUGUGCACGAAAGUUUCCAUCAAUAAGCAUAAGUUAUGCAUUAAAAGAAAAUAAGCAAAGGAUGUAUGACUCAAAUUCAGUAAAUCUCAAUAAUGGAACUUUGUGUAAAUCUCAUUGUAAAUAGUGUGUACAAAUAUUGAAUAAAAGCUGUAUUAUCA